CAAAAGAAAAGAAAGUGAGAACUCUCUCUCACUACUCUCUCUCUCUCUCUCCUUUUUUCUUUGUCUCUUAUCAUUUCACUUCCCCCUAACCCCAGAUUUUCUUUUCUCCCUUCUUCCCUCUUUUCCAACCCCCAAAAACCAACGGAAAAAGGAAAAAUAAAAUUCACAAAAACCCACAUAAAUUCAUCUCUUGUUCGUCUGUCUCUCGGCUUUGGAACCUAAAUUCGGCCCACCGGCGAAUCAGUGGCCGUUGCUUUUUUUCUUUCCCUAGACGUGGAAGUCUUGUUUUGGAUGAGACUGAGAGGCGGCGGCGCAGACAGGAGAGAGAACGGGAGCAGGAACAAAAGUAGUUUUUGAUGCCGCCGGAGCAAUUGCCGUGGGAUCGAAGGGAUUUCAGGAAGCACGAGAGAUCCGGCUCCGACCCGCGCUUUGGUGGCGGGGGAUUCGGCGGCGGCGGUCCUCACAGAUGGCGGGAGCAGAACCACCACCCGCACGCGCCACCGCCGCACCCCACGCCCUACCACCACGGCCACAGCCAGAACCACCAGCAGCAGCGCUGGUAUUCGGACUUCCGCUCCUCGCGCCCUAUCCCACCUGGUCAUGGUAAGCAGGGUGGUGGUUGGCACAUGUAUCCUGAUGAUGCUGGUCAUGGGUUUAUGCCUUUCGGGUCUAGGUAUGGUGACAGGAACCUAGAAGAUGAUAAUUUUCGACCUUUUACAAACCGUGGAGAUGGAAGGUAUUUUAGAAAUAGCAGGGAAAAUAGAGGAGGAUCGUUUAACCAGAGAGACUGGAAAUCUACGUCUUGGGAACCUGCUGCAUCGUCCAGUGCCAGUGGUCCUGGGAGACCCACCUCUGAGGUUAAUACUCAGAAGUCUGUAGAGAAUACUGAGACAUGUCAUGAUAAUAACAAUAAGAGUAACGGAUCUUGUCAUCCUCCUCCUGAUCCCUUACCAAGUCAAUCUCCGCCCCCUGUGAAAGAGAACAAUGAGAAGAAUGAAGAUGGUGCUGAUGAGCUGGCUAGCUCGGAUCAGAAAUCUGAGAAAGAAGAAAAUGGCCUGGGAUCGAUAGAUUGGAAGCCACUUAAAUGGAGCCGGUCUGGAAGCCUGUCUUCAAGGGGCUCUGGUUUGAGCCAUUCAAGUAGCUCCAAGAGUAUGGGGGUGGACUCUGAGAUAGUGGUUGAUGCUCAGCGGAAGAAUGUGACACCUGUUCAGUCUCCGGCUGCUGUUUGUGUUGUGCCCGCAGCUCCUGCUGUUUCUGAUGAGACCAGUUCCAGGAAGAAGCCACGUCUUGGCUGGGGUGAGGGUCUUGCAAAAUAUGAAAAGAAGAAAGUUGGCCCUGAAGAGGUUGCAACAAAAGAUGGACUGACAGUUAGUGUGAGUGAUACAGAAGUCAUGCAGUUGCCUUCCGUCAACCUGCUUGAUAAGAGUCCAAGAGUUGCAAGCUUUUCGGAUUGUACUGAAUCUGCCACUCCCACUUCGGUUGCCUGUAGUUCUUCGCCAGGUAUUGAGGAGAAAGAGUCUGUGAAGGCUGCUAAUAUUGAUCAUGAUACUGCAAAUCGGAGCUGUUCACCAAGUGCCAUGUCCCAUGCUCAGUACGACGGACCAGCUUUUAAUUUGGAAAACUUGGAGCUUGCAUCUAUUGCCAAUUUGAGCUCUUUGAUAAAUGAAUUGCUACAAUCUGAUGAACCAAGUUCUGCGGAAACUGGUUAUGCACGAACCACCUCAAUGAAUAAGUUGCUUGUAUGGAAAGUUAACAUACUAAAAGCAAUUGAGGUGACUGAAUCAGAAAUUGAUUCGCUUGAAACUGAACUGAGGUCACUGGUAGCCAAUGGUCCUCAUCCAUCUGAUUCCAGCUUUCUACCAGGGGAAUGCCAAUUAAAACCUUGUGAAGAGAGACUCGAUGGUUCUAGUUUCACUAUUGGACCUGGCACAUUGCGAGUUGAUUCUUCUGGAGCAAUGAAUUUCGAAAAUGUACCUGCUGCAUUGGAGGAUGGCCAUGUGGCUUUGAAAGAUGAGGAAAUUGACAGUCCAGGUAGUGCUACAUCUAAAUUGAUUGAGAUGCUGCCUUCUGGGGAAGAUACCUUUCCUUCUGAGCCACAACAUUGUGUUGAAGGUAACAAGAGAUUGGAGUUUGACAAUUUUUGUAGCUUGGAGAAAUGCUUGGAGGAUGGUAGUGGAAAUCAGGAUGAAACUUGUUGUACUGACGACCAUAAACUUAUUGAGACUAGUCGCUGUGAUCUUGCCUGUGGUGGUGAUACACAUUCUGAUAUAGAUCAUAUUUAUGACUCUAUAUUGUCUUCAAAUAAAAAUUCUGUAAAUAAUGCGAUGGAGGAGUUGAAUAAGUUAUUGCCCGCACAGAAGAGUUUUCUUGAUUUGUCUGCCUUACUAAGUGCCUCUUCUUUACCAAGUGACCCCUUGGUAAUUAAGGAGAAGUUUUUAAAGAAAAAAAGGUCUCUCAAAUUCAGGGAGAAGAUUGUCACCCUCAAAUUUAAGGUAUUUCAGCAUUUCUGGAAGGAAGGUCGUGUAGUUUCGAUAAGGAAACUUCGAGGAAAGUCUCACAAGAAGUUUGAUCUAAGUCAUACUGGUUUUAAAAAGUAUCGUUCUACCAAUCGUGCUCGAAUUUCUUAUUCUGGUGGGUGUCCCAGAACAGUUCCUGCAGAAGAAGUAAUCGAGUACACUAACAGGCUGCUUUCAGAAUCACCAUUCAAGCCGUGUCGGACUGCUUUAAAGAUGCCAGCUUUGAUUUUGGACAAGGAGAUACGGAUGUCAAGGUUUAUUAGUAAUAAUGCGCUGGUUGAAGAUCCUUGUUCUGUUGAAAAAGAAAAGUCUAUGAUCAAUCCAUGGACUGCUGAAGAAAGGGAACUUUUCAUCGACAAGCUUGCUAUUUUUGGGAAAAACUUUGCGAAGAUUGCAUCUUUUCUAGAACAUAAAACAAUAGCCGAUUGCAUAGAGUUCUACUACAAGAAUCACAAGUCGGAAAGCUUUGAGAGAGCUAGGAAAAAGCCAGACUUUGCAAAGCAAAAGAAGUCUCAAUCUAGCACCUACUUGGUUGCAGGUGGCAAAAGAUGGAAUCGUGAAGUGAAUGCUGCUUCUCUUGAUAUGCUUGGUGAAGCUUCCAUAAUUGUAGCUAGUGUCAAUGAUGGCAUAGAAAGUCAGCAGAGAAGUUCAUCUAGGAUCUUUUUUGGUGCAUCUAGUUCUCACAAAGUGCCGAGGGGUGAAGAUGCUCCAUUGCAGAGAUCGAACAGUCUGGAUAUGUACAACAAUGAAACUGUGGCUGCUGAUGUGUUGGCUGGUAUAUGUGGUUCCUUAUCCUCUGAGGCUAUGAGUUCCUGCAUCACGAGUUCCGUUGACCUUAUCGAUGGGUAUCAGGACAGGAAAUGCCAGAGAGUUGGUUCCUGUGUGAAGCGCCCUGUGACCCCUGACGUUACACAAAAUAUCGAUGAUGCUCUGAUGAGAGCUGCGGGGAGAUGGAUCCUACUGAUUGGACUGAUGAGGAGAAAUCCUUCUUUAUUCAGGCCGUUUCAUCUUAUGGCAAGGAUUUUACAAUGAUCUCUCAAUGUGUCAGAACAAGAUCCAGAGAGCAGUGCAAGAUAUUCUUCAGCAAGGCUAGAAAGUGUCUCGGGUUGGAUAAGAUUCAGCCUGGGGUUGGCAAUGGUGUCUCUGAUGACGGUCAUGGAGGCACCAGUGACACUGAAGGUGCUUGUGUUGUGCAAACUUGCUCGGUUGCUGGAAAUGAUUGUUCAGAAUGCAGGGUGGGAGAGGAUCUCCGACCUCCGGAUAUGAAGUCAAGUGAUGAAUCUGAUAUAGCAGGAAAACACAUCUUAAAGCCUGAUUCUGAUGGAUGUGCGGGUAAUGGGGGACCAUGUCCUUUGGAUUCUAUGGCUGUGAGAGAUAAUAAUCCAACUAUAGACUUCAAUGCGGAUGGUGAAGAACAUGAUGGUGUAAACCGUGCAAGUGGACAUGACUCUGAAGUUACAGCAUUGGCUGUAUCCUCCAAAAGUGAUUCUAUAGGAGUUAAAAAGGGAGAUAAUGGUGGCCAGCCUAAUAAAUUAAUUGAGGCUGAUAACAAGGCUGCGGCUGAGGUUUCUAAUGGGUAUCAUGGGGAAGACGAUGGAGGACAAAGGCCAAUCGUACCCGAGGAUAAUUUGGAAAAUAAGAAACUUCAGGACAAGAAUGCUAGCUCUACUGAAGUUACUUCGGUUAGUUCUGCAUUAAACGAGACUGAGCCUGGCCCUGAGGUUGUUAGGGAUAUUUUCCAUCCUUCAGUUGAUGCACAUUCGCUGAUGCAAGCUGGAUCUGGAUGCCAAAUGGAGGCUGGGUCCCAAACCUGUUCAGAAAAAUCUCGUCCCAUCUCACCUGAGCAGAAUGGUCGCUUUGCACUGGUGGAGUCAUCGACACUGUUCUCUGUGCCCAUCAAGUAUCAGAGGCACUCAAGUACUAGUGCAUUGUCAAAUGGUGGUACUAAUGGAAUCAGUGAAAAGGAUUCUAACAAAAUUGUUAGGACAGUUAAUUGCCAGCAGCAGCCAGAUCCUGAUAACUUUACUCAAGUACUCAGGGGGUACCCAGUUUCCGUGCAGACUCUGAAGGAAAUAAACGUGGAUGUGAAUUGCAAUAAACAUGUACCACUUCAUAACAUCUCCAAGCGGGAUGAUAAGUUGCAUCCAGAACGGCAUAGAGAAUUCUCCCUUCAGAAGUGUGGCGGCCCAAAACAUCAGGCUGAAGUCCAGGGACCAUAUACAUCUCAAGAUAAGAGCAGAGACCAGUUGAGACCCUGUUCAGGGAGCUCGUCUGAUGUGGAGAAGCCUUCCAGAAAUGGUGAUGUGAAGUUAUUUGGCAAAAUCUUAACAUCAUCGCAACAGAAACCUGAUUCUUGUGCAGAAGGAAAAGGUGGUGAGGACCAGCAAAACAAACCAGUUUGCCAGACACUGAACCUGAGAUUCAGGGGUGAUCACAAGGCGGCUAAUUUAGAUUGUAAUAAUUAUAUUGGCUCUGAUAAUAGUCCUAGGAAUUUAGGCUUUUGGGAUGGGAACAGGACAAGCACGGGCUUUGCUCCUAUGCCUGAUUCGGCUGUCCUGUUAGCCAAGUAUCCUGCUGCCUUCAGCAAUCAUCCGAUGCCUGCCGUGAAACUAGAUCAGCCAACAUUACAGGGAGUCAUUAGAAGCAAUGCCCAUGCCUUAAAUGGCCUCUCUGUUUUUCCAAGCAGAGAGCUGAGUAGCAGCAAUGGAGUAGCAGAUUACCAGGUAAUAAGGAAUCGAGAAUUGUCACCUUUCACCUUAGAUAGGGAGCAGCCGCAGGAUGUGUUCUCUGAGAUGCAAAGAAAAAAUGGGUUUGAUGUAGUAUCAGGAUUGCAGCAACAAUCAAGAGGGGUGGUUGGAAUUAAUGUUGUUGGGAGAGGGGGGAUUCUUGGUCAGUGCUCUGGUGUUUCAGAUCCUGUUGCUGCCAUCAAAAUGCACUAUGCAAAAGCUCAAAAUCUAGGAAUGCAGGCAGGCAGUGGAGUUAGAGAAGAUGAUGCGUGGACGAGUAAUGGGGAUGUAGGGAAGUAGUAGAAGUGGGGAUGAGGCUUUUAGCAGAGGCCACCGUGAGAUAAGGUCGCGUGUUGUCGCGUUGUAUUAUAGUUUUUGUGUCACCAACUCAGCAGCAGCAGCAUUAGAGUAGUGGACAGUUUCAAAAAACCAUCCUUUUUUUUUUUUUUUUUGGUCGGAAAAUUUCUAGAUCUUGUAAUAUUGCAGGAGCCUUUGUAUUUGUUGUAUUUGAUGGAAAUACAGAAAUAAUCUGUCAAAAUAGAUGUGGAGGAGAAAGAGAAUUUUCUGUUCCAAUGCAUCUUCAUGUGAUGUGGACCAUUGCCCAAAGAGCUCCACAAUGGUAUGAGGUUGAGGUUUACUUAAUUAAUACUUUCUAUGCAUGUUUUCUGUUUUGGCUUA